UGAAAGCGGGCACAGUGUUCAAUGCAGGAUCUCUAAAUUGCAGUACAUCGGUACAAAUUGGGGGAAAAGAUGAGUAUGAGCAUCGAGACAAUGCAGACCUCGUCUUACAGAAAGCGUUUUGGGGGCCUCAGUACCAUCCCUCCGAGCAGAUACAGCUUCACAAAGAGGUCUGUUCUGCCAAGUUCCUCCAGAAGCUCAAUGAUUCGAUUGAAGCACAUCAACUACCCAACUAAAAGUUCCACCUUGUUCCAAGAGAAGCUCGAUUUCUCCCUAUCUGAUGCCCUCAACGCUGAGUUCAAGGAGACACGGACCAAUGAGAAAUUUGAGAUGAUGGAACUGAACGACCGCUUUGCCAACUACAUCGAGAAGGUUCGCUUCCUGGAGAAUCAAAACAAGGUCCUAGCCACUGAGCUCAACCAGAUCAAGGGGAAGGAGCCUAGCCGGCUGGGGGAUAUGUACCUGGAUGAGAUCAGGGAGUUGCGACAGCAGUUGGACCAGCUGAAUAGUUCCAAGGCCCGUCUGGAGAUCGAAAGGGACAACCUACUGGAGGACCACAACAACCUGAAACAGAGGUAUGACACUCUCAGAUAUGUACACCAACUGGAGGAGGCUGAAAACAACUUAAAUGCAUUCAGACAGGAUGUCGAUGAUGCUGCUUUGAUACGGAUUGACCUGGAACGGAAAAUUGAAUCCCUGCAGGAUGAGAUUGACUUCCUAAAGAAAAUCCACGAUGAGGAAAUCCGGGAGCUGCAAGAUCAGUUACAGAUGCAGCAGGUCCACGUCGAUGUGGAUGUGUCCAAGCCAGAUCUCACUGCCGCCCUUAAGGACAUCCGCAUUCAGUACGAGUCUGUUGCUAGCAAGAACCUGCAGGAGGCUGAGGAGUGGUACAAGUCUAAGUUCUCAGAUCUGACCGAUGCAGCCACUCGCCAGGCAGAAGCCCUGCGCCAGGCCAAGCAGGAGACGAACGAUUACCGAAGGCAGAUCCAGUGCCUCACAUGUGACCUGGAGGGCCUGAAAGGAACGAAUGAGUCCCUGGAACGUCAAUUACGUGAGAUGGAGGAACGUUUCAAUUAUGAAACAAGUAAUUACCAGGACACGGUUAGCCAAUUGGAGCGUGACAUCCAGAAUCUGAAGGAGGAGAUGGCCCGUCACCUGCAGGCUUACCAAGACUUGCUCAACGUCAAGCUGGCUCUGGACAUAGAGAUUGCCACUUACAGGAAACUCCUGGAGGGAGAGGAGAGCAGAAUUUCAAUGCCUGUCCAGAGCUUCUCAUCUCUGCAAAUCAGAGAGACAAGCCUCGAAUCUAAAGGCUCCACGGAUAUUCAGGCAAGAAGGAACAUUCUGAUAAAAACAGUGGAAACCAGGGAUGGUCAGGUAAUCAAUGAGACCAAUGCAGAGCGCAAGGAGCUGCCAUGAGGGCACUACUUCUGACCUAGCAGAGCAAGCAGCCAUCUGGUGUGGAGCUGCCACACUAGUCGCUCGCUAGCAGAUGUAGAGUAGGCUGCUGUAACCAUUUGUGGAGUAGGUAACGGGAAGUAGGAAGUGGAAUCCUGGGAUUGUGUGGCACUUUGACACAAUAAAAGUGGACAAAACUUCAUCAAGAUACACAUUUAACAAACUUAAGCUUAAAAGUGUUGUAUUUGCAACUAUGCGGAAUUUGACGACUUAACUUGGAGUGGUUUAGAUGGAUCUCUAGUAUGGUAACAGUCAGAGUUUUAACAGUUUCUUCUCAUCCUUAACAACUGUAGACAGCUCUAUUUGCAUGAAUAUUGUAUUUGCUACUGGCAUCACUUUUGAAUUUUGAUUUUUAAAAAUGAGAAGAGGCACUUGGCCCCUCAGUCCCAGUACCACACAGUGACUGAGGUAAAGUCCUGUACACAGAGUGAGGAAAUACUCAUCAUGUUCCUUUUUAAUAAACGUGGAGUUUUAAGUUUUGAUUUUGAUCCAGUCUAUCGCUGAACCCAAGAUAGCAAAUUGCUCUGGUUAUAUAAUAGGAUUAGCCAAACCAGCACCCUUUACCAUCCAGUGGUAGUUUGGCACAAACCUACCUGCAGGAACAACAAAGAGUAGCACAGAUCUGAUUCCAACACUGGAUCUCCUACUCUAAUUGAUCUGAAUAGGCACCUAUUUUAACUAAACAAUGGGAAUUUUUUUCCUGAACUUGCGUGACUCCACUAAUAAGCUAACUGCUUUAUGUAUGAAGGUUCCUUGUAACUGUCCUUUGUGCUCACU